CGAGCUUGUUUUUAGUGAGAGAGAGAGAGAGUCAGGGGGCUUGUUUGUAGAGAGGGAGAGAGCCCCCUUUAUCAGAGAGAGAACUUUGUCGUUCAUGAAAGAAGCGUGCAGCCGUAUAACUUCUCUGUGUACAGUGAUUUCAAUGGGUAUUCUCUGAUUUCAUGACAAUAAAUGGUGUGAUUUCUUCUAUGUAGUGAAAUUCUGACAUGUGUUCGUCUGUUUCUCUCUCUAGUUAGUUCAUGGCUAUGAAUUCUUUCUUUCCAAUGCCCAUUAAUGCAAUGGGAACUGCGGUGUUUCAGAAACCCAUUUCUGCUUCUCCAUAUUCGGCCACAGUUUCAAGAGGAUGCUCUACACCAGUUCAAUCAAGAAAGCAAACCAUGGGUAUAUUUUGUCGGAAGCACAUCAUAUGGUCAACAAGAUGUCAAUUAGGACAUAACGGGAGAAGCAUUGCGAAUACUGCUAUGCAUGGGAAACACUGCCAACAUGAGCGUUGGAAUGCCACUUCAGGACAUGCAUUUGGGUCAGAGCCAGAAAUUAUUCAUUCUAGAAGUGCUUGGGAGUGCAUACAAAAUGUUUAUGAUGUUUUUUACCGCUUUACUCGUCCCCACACUAUGAUGGGCACCGCGAUAGGGAUAAUAUCAGUAUCUCUUCUAGCAGUUGAAAGCAGGUCUGAUUUGUCGCUACCUUUUUUAUCUGGACUCUUGAAGGCUCUAGUGCCUGCCCUUUUCAUGAAUGUUUAUAUUGUGGGGCUAAAUCAACUGUACGAUGUAGAAAUUGACAAGGUUAACAAGCCAAAUCUUCCUCUUGCCUCAGGGGAAUAUUCUGUGGAGAUGAGCAUUUUGAUUAUUGGAGCCUGUGCUUUUAUGAGUUUUGCAAUGGGAUGGAUGGUUGGUUCCUGGCCAUUAUUUUUGGCCCUUUUCAUCAGCUUUCUGCUUGGAACUGCGUAUUCAAUUGAUGUACCAUUUCUGAGAUGGAAGAGAUUUGCUAUGGUUGCGGCCAUGUGUAUCCUGGCAGUGAGAGCAGUCAUUGUGCAGCUUGCAUUUUUUCUUCACAUGCAGACUUUUGUUUUCGGAAGACCGGCAGUUUUUUCGAGGUCUUUAAUAUUUGCAACAGCAUUCAUGAGCUUCUUUUCAGUUGUCAUAGCACUGUUUAAGGAUAUACCUGAUAUUGAUGGGGAUCGGAUAUUUGGCAUUAAAUCCUUCAGUGUACGUCUAGGUCAAAAACGGGUUUUUUGGAUGUGUAUAUAUCUAUUGCUGAUGGCAUAUGGUACUGCCAUAGUGCUAGGAGCCACGUCUUCUUGCACUUGGAGCAAACUUGUGACCGUGUUGGGUCAUGGUGCCCUAGCAUCAACUCUUUGGCAUCGGGCCCAAUCUAUCGAUUUCAACACUAAAGUCUCCAUUGCAUCAUUUUACAUGUUCAUUUGGAAGCUCUUUUAUGCGGAAUACUUGUUAAUCCCACUUGUGAGAUGAUUGUGGAGGAUGCUGGUUGAAAAAUGAAUUCCAACAUUGUUUGUAGUUUUUGUACAUAUAAUAUUGUUUGUAGUUUGUUAAUAUGGAACUCUUUGUGGAGCUUGAAUCAGUAGCUUGGAACAUGGCAUUCUAGGUCAUGUUGGCCCUAGCAUUAUUGAGUUUUGAGUUAGUAGUGUCUAACCAGUAUCUUGAUGCCCAUUAAUGGAGAUUUUUUUUCUGGAGUGUUUUGUAUCA